GGUCUUGAACAUUUAAUGUACAGCUUGGGACUGGGGCAAAUUGAAUUUGAAGCUUCACACACUAUAGACGAGCAUCAUCCACACGGUCUAUCGAAUAAUCUUAAAGAUCAUGAGGAAAUGAAAUCAUACAUGGAUAUACAAACCAUAAAACUAUUGCCAGAUGAUGAUGAUGUUCAAAUCGCUCAGAAAAAAUCUCAGGAAAAAACUAGUGGCCAUGAAAAUGAUAGUAAAAAUGAUAAAGAUAUUAUUUUAGAGUUUAAAGAAAUGCACGAUCCCAAACAUAGACAUCCUCGAGAAAAUGAAGCCACCUUUGAUGGAACUCCAUUGUCUGCGAAUGUUUGUUUGUCGCCGAAAUCCCUUUUGCGUUUGGUUGUCGACCACGAUGAUUUGCAUAAACGUAAAUUGUAUAAAACAUUUACAUCAUCUUCUGCAGCUGCGUCAUCCUUAAACGCAAAAAUGGAAAUGAAUAAUCAUGAUCAUGAUUUGGAAGAGGAAUACAAUCAUUUCAUUAAUAAUGUUCGUUUAACUCCAGUAGCCUUUAUGAAAUUGUGUCCAGCUCUAUUGGCUCAAAUAGAUCAACAAGUGUGUAUACAAUCUCUUCCUAUGACGCAUGCCAAUUCUUCAAAGGGUGUUUUGUGGAAUGCAUGGAUUUACGCAAGUGCUUCCAUUUUCAUACUCUCAGCUUGUGGACUUUUGGGAAUUCUCUUGGUACCUUUGAUGAAAACGGUAGCUUAUCAGGAAAUACUUAACUUCUUGGUAGCUGUUGCUGUAGGUACACUAAGUGGUGAUGCUUUGAUGCAUCUCAUUCCGCACGCAUUGGCUAGUCAACAUUCGGCACCCGAAUCCCAUGAGCAUCAUCACAAAGAGGAAUCCUCUCAUAAGCAUGAUACAAGCGUGAUAUGGAUUUGUGCUUGUGCCUUUUUCACUGCCUUAUUUAUGUACAUCAUUGAAACGCUCUUGCCAUUAUUGAAAGGUGACAAUGCCGAAGGAUCUCAUGGACAUAGUCAUCAUAGUCACAGUCAUCCACCAACACAAAAGAAUAAUGAAAAACCCUUAAGUAAUCCCAUGCCAGCGUUGGGCUCUGAAAAGACCCCCGAGCCUUCAACAGCCGAUGUAGGAGCAUUGAAUAUUAUGUUAAAUGAAGCCAAACUCGAUAUGAAAAAACCAUCAAGACCUUUAACGCCUGUGGCUUUUAUGGUAGUCAUUGGUGAUGGUUUGCAUAAUUUAACCGAUGGUUUAGCUAUAGGUGCAGCUUUCGCCUCUGAUCCGGUCACGGGCUUGGCAACAGCAUUUGCGGUACUUUGCCAUGAAUUACCACAUGAAUUGGGAGAUUUUGCUCUACUGCUACAAACUGGAGUCUCCAUGCGUAGAGCUAUUUGUCUGAAUAUUGUCAGUUCAGUUUUAAGUUUUGUAGGCAUGGCCAUUGGCCUCCUUAUAGCCAAUCUACAUACGAAUAUGACUCAAUGGAUAUAUGCCGGUACUGCCGGUUCUUUUCUAUAUAUAGCAUUUGCCGAUUUGGUACCAGCUAUGGCCAACGAGGCCAAGGGUAAAUUGAAAAGUUCAUUAGUACAAGUUAUAGGCAUAAUUAUCGGUGGCCUAAUAAUGUUAGUCAUAGCCAUUAAUGAAGAUGCAUUAGAAGAACUGUUCAACUGAUAAUAUAAUUAUAUUAAUAACGCCUAUUUAGUGCCAAAUAUUACUAUGUUUUACAAAGUAAAUGUCCUCUCAUUGUCUUAGCAAUUAAGAAUAAUUAGCUUUAAAUAUUUUAUCCAUUUAAGAAAUAAUCAAGUAAACGAACAAUUUAGCUUUAAGUAAAACGAAUUUCUAAAAUUAAUUUUAUUUUAAUUUCAAUUAAAAUGCGAUAUAAAAUAUUUUAUAUUAAAAACAGCUUAAUAUACGACCAAAAUAUAAAUAAAUAUUUUUAAGUAAAACUC